AACACUCGGAGCGAAAGAAAAGCUACUGAUAAUUUGGCUGCCAUUCGUUCUUUUUUCGAGAAGUUCGUAGCAAAUUGCCAAAUUGUUUAUACACCAUCUGAGUAUACAACUAUAGAUGAACAACUUCCAUCGUUUCGAGGCCGUUGCAGUUUUCGCCAGUAUAUGCCCAAUAAGCCAAACAAAUAUGGCUUGAAAAUAUAUGCCUUGGUUGAUGCAAAGUCGUUUUACGUCAUCAAUCUUGAAAUUUACCCAGGAAAACAACCAACAGGCCCUUACGCUCUCAGUAACAAAGCUUAUGAUGUUGUGGACAGACUUGUGGCUCCAAUUUCCAAAACCAAUCGCAAUGUCACCUUUGAUAACUGGUUUACCAGUUAUCCGUUGAUGUUACACUUAUUGAAAGAACAUCGUUUGACAAGCACAGGCACUGUUCGAAAAAAUAAGCCCGAGAUUCCAAGUCAGAUGCUCCAAACGCGUAACCGAGAGAUCCCCAGCACAGUGUUUGGAUUUCAAAAGGAUAUAUCUUUAUUGUCCCAUGUGCCAAAAAAAAACAAGGUUGUUUUGUUGAUGUCAACAUUACAUCACGAUGAUAGCGUUGUUGCUGAUACUAAUGGCACACAAAAACCAGAAAUGAUUAUUUUUUAUAAUCAGACCAAGGGAGGCGUUGAUGUUGUAGAUGAGCUGUGCACCAACUACGAUGUUUCGCGAAAUACAAAGCGCUGGCCAAUGGUGAUUUUCUAUGCAGUUUUGAACAUGGCUGGUAUAAAUAGCAUAAUAGUUUACAAGUCCAAUAAUAGUAGCAAUUUGUCACGCCGAAAUUUUCUUAGAGACCUGGGUAUUGGAUUGGUUUCAGAACAUUUACAAAACAGAAAGGAAAAUCAGCAUUUACCCCGAGAGCUUCGCAAACGAAUUCUGGACCAAGUGGAUGAACCCUCACACUCACAACGACCUCCAAAUAAAGUUCCUAAGCCUAUCAGGAGAUGUCAAAUAUGCCCUACUAAAAAAGAUCGCAAGACUAAACACACUUGUUAUAAAUGCAAUCGCUAUUUAUGUAUAGAACAUGCUGUUUUCACGUGUCAAGAUUGCGCUCAAACUGAAGAUGAUUACGAGAACUCUGAAUAA